AAUCUCAAUGUUUUAUCUGUGGAUACAGUGUUCUCAACCUGACGUCCGUUACCCCUGACAAACGGAAGUAGGAACUCCGCUCAUGCGUCUUUUUUGUGUGUGCUUUUUUUUGCUAACCCUAGCCAAAUCAUUAACUCUUUUCCAAACCUUAACCCAAUUAUCAUUACGUGCCAGGAGAAAUAAAUUCGGACAAAGUCUUGAUCCCUUCUAGCCAUGGCCGUCUUUCUACCUCCGUGCUUUCUACGCCUGCUACGUUAGAUUUGCAGCUGAUAAAUGACGUGGUUUGUUCCGGUAGCUUUUGAAGGAAGUGUUUUUAAUGUAAAGAAAAUACGUUUUGUUAUGUAACUACUUUUGAUUUCAUUUUAUUACAACCGAUUGGACUGUUUCCGAGCAGAACCGCUCUCGACUUGUGUGUGCCUACUAACGUCUGUGUCGUUGGACAACAAUGAAGGCCUAGCUAGUUUUAUCGCUCCUAGUUAUCUACAUCUGGAUAAUCUGCUCUCUUAUGUGGGAUUUCAACCCAUUACUGUACUGAUCUUCGACAUUACACUGUGAAAUAAAAUCAGUCACAAUCAUACCCUCUUUCCCCUUCCUUAAUUCCCACCACCUCUCUCUUCUCCCUCCCUCCCAGGUAUGUCGUCCCAGCUCCAGGUGUUCUCUCCUCUUUCCAUCUCCUCCAGCGCCUUCUGCCGCGUCAAGAAGAUGAAGGUGGAGAGCUGUGUUUGGGAGGUGCCCUCUGACACCCCCUAUGGUUCCGUGGGGGGCCAGCAGGGGGUAGGGGGGUACUCCUUCGCCCCUGCAGUAGGCGUGGCCGUGCCCCCCUUCGCCCCCUCUGCGUUAGUGUUCCCUCCCACCCCAGGCUCCCGAGGCCAGGUGGUGGUCCGGGCGGCCGACAGCACAGGCAGCCUCCCCCGAGGCUCCAGCCGCCGCCUCAACGACCACUGCGCACACACCGAGACGACUGCGACAGGCACGGGGACACGACGACAGGGCCGGAAGAGGAAGAAUAAGGAAGUUGAAGCGAGUGGCAGUGGUAGUGGUAGUGUUCAGAUCCUGGAGGAGCUCUCUGCCCCUCCACCCGUCUUCUCCACGCGGACAGGGGGAGGAGGAGGGGGAACGGGCCAGUCCAUCCCCAACUCGGCCCCCAACACCAAGAGCUCCAGCUCCAACGGAGAGGGGGACUACCAGCUGGUUCAGCAUGAGAUCCUGUGUUCAGUCUCCUGUAGUUAUGAGGUGCUGGAGUUCCUGGGGAGGGGGACCUUCGGUCAGGUGGCCAAGUGCUGGAAGAGGGGAACCAAUGAGAUCGUGGCCAUCAAGAUCCUCAAGAACCACCCCUCAUACGCACGACAGGGCCAGAUCGAGGUGGGCAUCCUGAACCGUCUUAGUGCGGAGAACGCCGAUGAGUUUAACUUUGUGCGUUCCUACGAGUGUUUCCAACACAAAGGCCACACCUGCCUGGUGUUUGAGAUGCUGGAGCAGAACCUCUAUGACUUCCUGAAGCACAGCAAGUUCAGCCCCCUGCCAUUACGACACAUCAGACCCAUACUGCAACAGGUGGCGACAGCGCUAAUGAAGCUGAAGUCUCUGGGUCUGAUCCAUGCUGACCUGAAGCCAGAGAACAUCAUGCUGGUGGAUCCACUCAGACAGCCCUACAGGGUCAAGGUCAUCGACUUCGGCUCAGCCUCCCACGUCUCCAAGGCUGUCUGUUCCACGUACCUCCAGUCACGAUACUACAGGGCUCCAGAGAUCAUCCUGGGCCUGCCGUUCUGCGAGGCGAUAGACAUGUGGUCUUUGGGGUGUGUUAUAGCGGAGCUGUUCCUGGGGUGGCCCCUCUAUCCCGGGGCAUCAGAAUACGACCAGAUCCGAUAUAUAUCCCAGACUCAGGGCCUGCCUGCAGAGUACCUGCUGAGCGCCGGCACCAAGACUGGCCGCUUCUUCAAGAGAGGACCUGACUCCAGCUACCCCCUGUGGAGGAUCAAGACUCCUUCAGACCACGAGGCUGAGAUGGGCAUCAAGUCUAAGGAGGCUAGGAAAUACAUCUUCAAUUGUCUGGAUGACAUGAUGCAGGUCAACCUCUCAUCUCACCUGGAGGGGACGGACAUGCUGGCGGAGAAAGCUGAUAGGAGGGAGUUCAUCGACCUGCUGAAGCGGAUGCUCCGAUUGGAUGCUGACAAGAGGAUCACGCCCACUAAGACGCUGGGUCAUCCCUUCGUCACCAUGAGUCACCUGCUGGACUUCCCUCACAGCUCCCAUGUGAAGUCUUGCUUUCAGAACAUGGAGCUCUGUAAGCGUAGGAGCUCAUCGUUCGACAACAACAAAACUCUCUUCUCCACGAACACUCUUCCCAGUGCUGCCACCGGCAACCUCACUGUCACCUUCAGCAACCAGCUCAGCCAGGUGCCGUCAGCCGGGGGAGCUGUUCCUCUCCUGAACUACCAGCCAGCCCUGUACCAGCAGGCCACUAUCAACAUCCCUGGGCUGGCCCAACAGAGUGUCCCCCUGCAGGCUCGCCCCACAGGCCUGGCCUGCCAGACUGAGCCCUUCCAGCAGACUCUCUUCGUCUGCCCACCAAACACCAUACAGGGGCUCCAAUCCUCCAAUAAGAGCUCUGGAUUCCCAGGGAGGAUGGACAGUUCAGUCCCCAUAGUGACCCAGAACCAAUCAACACAGCCACUGCAGCUGCAGCCUGCCAUGCUUACGCAGCAGGCCUGGCCAGCCGGCACCCAGCAGAUCCUGAUCCCGUCGUCAUGGCAGCAGGUUCCGGGUGUGGCCAUCCACGGCUCCGCCCACCAGUCGGUUGUCACGGAGUCUCCCUUGGAGACACUCCUUCCGGACACAGCCCAGCAGACACACAGCUGGAGGGGAUCUCAGUACAGCGGAGUGCUGCAGCAGAACCUGGGGGUUAAUUCGAGGAGCGGAGCGGGGAAGAGGACUAAGGGUGGCCGUGGCAACAGCAGAACCACCAGGGGUGUGUCUGGUGCAUCCCUGCUCACCAACGCCGUGCUGACUCCGCCCAUCUGCACCGCGGCGGCGUCUCUCUCUCAGCCAAUCAUCAUCUCGGACACGCCCAGCCCGGCGGUCAGCGUCAUCACCAUCCAUAGCGACUCAGACGAUGAGGAUGAGGGGAAGUUCCUCCCCUCCAGCUGUGGUCCGGCUCAGAGGACUAACGUGAUCAGCUGUGUGACGGUUCACGACUCGGACUCCUCUACGGCCAGCCCCCUCACCCCCCUCCCCCUCCCCCGCACACACCUCCCUGUGGGAGGGACGUCUAGAGGCAAGUCCCUGGCCGUGGUCGCACCGUCUGUAAAGACCCAACCAACUGAGACAGUGCAACACCAGAGUUCCUACAUCAAGCCCAAGCUGGCCAAUCGACAUCCCUGUAGCUCUGGAGACGGCAGCAACCGCCAUAGGCUAGUCCCCAGCCAAUCACAUCCCCUCAACCUCAGCCAGAUACAGCCUGUAGUCUCCUCCUCUUCGUCCCAGGAACGUUCCCACGGCAACCUGCGCCGCCAGGCAACCUACCCCACCGGCCACGCCUCCCACUACACCUUCCAGGAAGUGCACCCUCUAAGCUCUGCCCCUAGCCUAUACACCUUCCCCGCGUCCGCCGCGCUAGCCUCCGCCUCCCAGACCAUGGAACAGCUUCUGGGGCGUGGCCACCCCUCCACCUAUGCCCCGCCCACCGUCCCUUACGGUACUUCGGGAUUGGUCCGGAGGGACGCAGGAACCAGAAAGGAGUCGGGGGUGGGGCUUCCUGCAGCUUGUCAGCAGCAGUUGACUGCUGAAUCCCUUAGUGUCACGCCCCGUGCUGAGGCCUACACCGCAUACCAGCUGGGACAGUAUCCCUACUUAUGAUGAGAGAUGAUACUGGAGGUAGAGGGGUGGUGAUGAGUUGGACUAUGGCCCCCCCCCCUCACACCUACGUAUGCGUACGCACACUGAAAGGGCAAUAAGUCCCACGGCUUCACCGUGUUGAUGAAUCUGGGCGAGGUACGGAGCAGGAAAGGAGGCGGAGUCAUCCAUUCACUGUCACACUACUACAUGUUAUUUACUGUUAAAAGCAGUGGUUCACAUCAAACUGGUUUAAACUUUCCGACCUAUUUUUAGUACAUUUAAAAAAAAUAUUAUUAUUUUAUAUUGUAUUGUUAUUUUUCCCAGCAGAAAAAAAAAAAAAAGUUUAAUUGUUUUGUUUUAUCCCUGUUUUAAUUGGAUGCAGAAUGAGUCAUUGUGGUGAUAGGUCAGAUAUAUUAUUAUGUAUUGUGUUUCUGAAAAAGGCUUUGUGUUAAAGGGUGCUAGUCUCGUUCUCUAGUGGUGUAGUCCGUGAGCUGAAACAUACAGCAUGCUGCAGAUCGAAACAGGUUUCUGUACCGUACAUACGAAAUGUAUGUAUCUGGAUGCAUAUAAAAUGUACUUCCAUACGAAAUGUAUGGAUCUGACAUGCCUCUGUGUUCUACGUGGCAGAAAUGUAUUGUGGUAUAACAGAUAUGCUGGUCUGUGUGCAUUCUGUAACGCUACAGUCUCCUGAAUAGGCCCUCGCUGUGUUUCCUUACAUUAGGAGAUCCUAGAAAGGCCCUGGCUAGAGAGAUGCUAGCUAGCUUGAAAUGCUAGCUAACCUAAAGAAGACCUAAAGGUGAUCCUGGUAGCCGAUCUGUAGCACGGCACGCUAGAGAGAUGCUAGCUUAUUAGCUAACCUAAAGGUGAUCAUUGUCUUUAGCACACUAGGCUAGAGCGAUGCUAGCUUAUUAGCUAACCUAAAGGUGAUCAUUGUCUUUAGCACACUAGGCUAGAGAGAUGCUAGCUUAUUAGCCAACUUAAACAAGUUCUAAAUGUGAUCCUAGUAUCUUUUAGCAUGGCAGGCUUGCUAGAGAUGUUAGCUAUUAGCUAACCCAGGGAUUGGCAACUGGCGGCCUUUCGGCUCGCUGCCCCCCUUUUUGUAGGCCCGCGGACCAAUUUCACAAAAAAAAAAAGGAACUCAGUUGGGGUCUCAACUUACUGUUGAAUUAGAAUAAUACCUUUACCUACAUGUUUUCUUUAUUGUGAGUUUGUUUAAAUUAUGUUUUGUCGUUAAUGUGAGCUGUUGAGAGAGAGAGAGAUUGUCGUUCAACUUAAAUCAUGAGUAUGUUGUACAUGUGUGUAGUCGAUUCUGUCACAGCCUGGUAACGAUGUAGUCUAUUCUGUCACAGCCUGGUAACGAUGUAGUCUAUUCUGUCACAGCCUGGUAACGAUGUAGUCUAUUCUGUCACAGCCUGGUAACGAUGUAGUCUAUUCUGUCACAGCCUGGUAACGAUGUAGUCUAUUCUGUCACAGCCUGGUAACGAUGUAGUCUAUUCUGUCACAGCCUGGUAACGAUGUAGUCUAUUCUGUCACAGCCUGGUAACGAUGUAGUCUAUUCUGUCACAGCCUGGUAACGAUGUAGUCUAUUCUGUCACAGCCUGAUAACGAUGUAGUCUAUUCUGUCACAGCCUGAUAACGAUGUAGGCUAUUCUGUCACAGCCUGAUAACGAUGUAGUCUAUUCUGUCACAGCCUGGUAAAGACACUAUAAUCUUCACACCACCGUACCUGGGUUCAAACACUAUUUGAAAUCUUUCAAAUACUUUUAAAGGGUUUGCUUUAGCUUGCCUGGAGUACCAGGUGGGCAGGGUUUGCACUUUUAGGACUUCUCUAUUGGUUCCAUUGCAACAGGCAAUUAAGCACAGUUUAAAGUAUUUGACAUUAUUUCAAAUAGUAUUUAAACAUAGCUCACUGAGAGUUUUAAUAUUUGUUCUGACUGUGAUUGCAGAAUGUAUUUAUGAGGCUGAAAGAUCAGUCAGCCAGAAACUACUUUAUAAACUCAAUUAAUUGAAGUAACAACAACUUGAGAACAGACUUUUACGUAAAAAUGAUUUGGUUAAUUUGGUCUCCUCUGUUUAGAAGUGCACAAUGCAUUUAGUAAUCAGGUGAUUGGUGAGGAUAAUGUCAACCCAAAACAAUCCACAACAACCCAACCACUGUUUUCAAAUAAAUGAACCAUAAGUCCUCA